AUGAGUGGAUUUACACAUUACAAAAUAGAGACUACAGAUUCAAGAAUCGAUGCUUAUCCACCUUAGAGAAAUUAUCAAUACCAACAAUACACAAAUUCACAAUUAAGGACUGAAGAUUACAGAAUACAAACCAAUUCCAUCCCUUAGGAAUAAAUAACUAUAACUGAUUAAGCAUCUUUUUAGAAGAUUAUCGAGGCUAAAGAUAGAGAAAUUGCAAAUUUAAGGGAAAGUGUAAAUUCCUUAAACAACUAGAUAUCUGAUUAUUUGAAAGAAUUGGAUUAAUGGAAAUAUAAGUAUAAACAAUUGCAAGCUGAAAAAGGGUCUAGUCGUGUUACUACUGUUUACUAAGGAAAUGAUUUUGAAAUUAAUUAAUACAAGGAAGAGAUAAUUAAACUUAGAUAAGAAAAUAAUGAAUAUAAGUUUAGACUAGAGCGCAAUACAGGAAUUUCUUCAAAUGACUAUGAAGUCAAUUAAUUGAAGAUGCAAAUUAAACAGUUAGAAGACCAAGUCAAGAAGAAUUCUUAUGUCUCCUAUAAUCCAAGAUUAACUUAAAUAAUUAACUUUAAAAAGGAGGAUCUCAUUAAAGCCAAGAACUUAUUACAUUAAUAAUACUAAUCAUCAUAAAUACAAAUACAAUAAAGUAGCUCUAAAAUAUCGUUUGGUUAAGAUUUAGAUUAAUUUAGAAGUGAAAGAGAGGACUACAAAAGAAAAAUCAAAUUACUAGAAGACAAAAUUCAAGAUCAAUAAUAAGAAAUUUAAAGAUUAAAUUUUAAUUGUGAUUCCUACAUUUAAGAAAUCCAAUAAUCAUCUAUGAGAUAAACGAGUAAAAAUCAAAAUGCUGAAAUUGAAGGGUAUUUAAAAAGAAUUUCUGCAUUAUAACAUGAAGUCUUGGUUUGGUAGGAUCGUUACAAAGCAACAUAAACUUAGGAAUAGGUGUUUGCAAUUGAACAAAAAGUUACUUAAAAAGAUAAUUAAAUAGCAUUUUUGUAAGAAAGAAUUAGGCAAUUUGAAUUACAAGUUGAUUAAUUAAAAUUAGAGGUAGAUAAAUCCAAAAGAGAAAUAAAUGGAUAUAGAAUUAGUUUUGAAAGCAGAAAAUCAGACACUUAAGAAGUAGAUGCUUUAAAAAGGAAAAUUACAGAGAUGGAACAAGACAUUUAAAUUUUAAUAUAAGAUUUAAAUGAAAGAGAUUAAAGGAUCAGUACUACCUAAAAUGAAUAUCAAGAGGAAAUUAGAAUGCUGAGAAAUUAAUAACAAUCUUAAUAUUAAUAAGAAUUCAAACUAUUGAAAGAAGAGAAAGAAAAAUAUCAAUAAGAUUAUGAGCGAUUAUCAAAUGAAUAUAUGAUAUUUUAGAGAUAAAGUGAUUAAUAUAAAAACAAUUCUUUCGAACUUGAUUCAUUGCGAAAAAGGAUAAUUGAGUUAGAAUAAGAAUUGAGAAAUGCAAGUUAUUAAUAUUAAACCCUCUAAAAUUAGAAUUCUUAAUUACAAGUUUAAAUUUAAAAUCAAUAAUCAUCAUAAUAAAAUUCAUAUUAAUUGUUAAGUAUAAAAGAGGAAUAUUCAACCUUAUAAAAUUAAUAUAAGAUGAUUUAAUCUGAAAUCUAAACUUACAAGGAUCUAAUAAAGAGAUAUUAAACUGAAUAAGAAUAAUUAUACUAAGAAAAUUAAUAAUUAAAAUCUUAAAAAUUGUAAAUUGAGAAAAAUUCUUAUUAAUACACAAGUAUUUAGAAUGAAUAUUAAACAUUAUAAGAUCGAUGUAGUUGGUAAUAGAAUGAGAUCUAAUAGUUGAAUGAAUAAAUUAGAAAAUAUAGAAAUGAUUACGAAUCUUUAAACUAAAACUUCUUACUAUUAGAGAGAGAAAGUGAAAUCAAAUAUUCAUAAUAGAAUAAUAACGAAGUAGAGGUGUUGAAGUAAAGAAUUAAUCAAUAUGAACAAAGAAUUUUCUAAUAUGAAACACAAAUAUAAUAAUAUAAAAUUUAACUUCAAAAUCAAGAAGCCCAAUUUGAAUAGUCUUUUAAGGAGAGACUCAGAAUCGAGAUGCAAUUUACUGAGUAGAAGGUUAAUUAGUAAGGACAAUUCGAAUUAUAAUAAUUACAAUAAUAGUAUAAAUAAUUGCAAAUUUAGUAUGAUCAAUUACAGAUAAAAUAUUAGGAAUCUAGUACUGAAUUGAGAUCAGCUAAGGAACAGGUGAUUAGACAAAGUCAAUUUGAGAGUUAGAGUUUAAGAGAUCAAAUGUAGCAAUUAAGAUAAAUUAACUUGCAAUUAAAUUAAGAGAUUUCGAGCUUAAAGGAGCUUAAUUUGAAAUAUAAAAGUGACUAUGAAUAAAUCAAUUAAAGAUUUGUUAUUAUUUAAAGAGAAAGUGAGACUUUCAAAGGCAACUCCAUAGAAAUAGAUCGAUUGAGUAGUAGAUUAAAGGAGGCAGAUUAUGAAUUACAAGCAAAAAAUUAGUAAAUCAACAAAUUACAAUUGGAAUUGAGAAAUUUAGAUAUGUAAAUACGGGAUGAAUUAGAAUCACAGUUCAUCUCAAGAUUAACCAUUGAAAGAUAGAAUUUAGAGGAUAGAUUACAGUAAUAAAGUAUUCAAGAGAUCUAAUAACUAACUUAUCAAUUGUAAUAAACAUAAAUGGAGUUAAAUCAGUAUAGAUCGAAGUAUUAGUAAUUAGAACAAUAAUACAAUUCAACAAAGAUUGAAAUAACCUAGAUUAGAUCUCAAUCAUCAAAUAUUAGUAAUGAAUAAGUAAAGAGAUUGUAAUUAAGAGUCACAGAAUUAGAACAUGAAAUAUAGACAUUAAAUAUUGAGAUUGAGAGGUAGAAAAACAUAAGAUAAGAAUAGGAGAAUAAAAUCUAAAUUCUAAUUACAAAUAUCACUGAUUAUGAAUCACGUUUGCAUAUUUUAGAAUAAGAAAAUGCUAGAUUGGACAAUAAAGUCAAAAAAUAGAUUUUUACUGAGAAACAAAAUGAUUAAUUAGUUGUGAAUUAAUUAAUAGGACAAUAAAGUUCAGGUAUUAAGAAGACCAAUGUCUAAAUUGUAACGAGAUAAUCUGGAAUAAAUUAAGUUUCUUAGAUUCCUACAUCUUACAAUUAAUAUGUUGAUAGGAUCUAAUCUUCAAAUGAAAUCAAGUAGUCUUAAGUAUCCCAAAGAAUACAAAGUCCUCAGCCUUAUGUGUAAAACUAUUAGAGUCCUGAUAGAAAUUAUUAGACCUAGAAAAUCAUGACUACUAAAAGUGUGAAAUAAGCUAUAAUGUCAUCAGCAAAUUAAGGAUGA